CAAAAUCUUUAAAGUGGUUUGUACUUCCAUGUGAACCGGCAAAGCAAACUACGACCGUAGGUGGCGAUAAAGGCCCAACCACGACAACUUGGAGAGAACCGGAAGAAAAGGACCACCCCUGUCUUCCAACACGUCCUCAGUUUCUCAAUGAAUACAAGGUGCUGGCGUUACGCUACCAUUACUAAGGCUCUCCGUCAGUAGUGUAAAAUGUCUGGUCGCGGAAAAGGAGGAAAGGGGCUGGGGAAAGGAGGCGCCAAGCGUCAUCGCAAAGUUCUCCGCGACAAUAUCCAGGGUAUCACCAAGCCCGCCAUCCGUCGCCUGGCUCGUCGCGGCGGAGUCAAGCGCAUCUCUGGCCUCAUCUACGAGGAGACCCGAGGCGUGCUUAAGGUCUUCCUAGAGAACGUCAUCCGAGACGCUGUCACGUACACCGAGCAUGCCAAGAGGAAGACUGUGACUGCCAUGGAUGUGGUGUACGCUCUGAAGAGACAAGGACGUACCCUCUACGGAUUCGGCGGUAACUCUGACUCUUUCCCCCACCCCUGUUAUUCUGGACUUUGUCUGAUCGUCUUGGUCAACAUGCCUGAACCUGCCAAGUCUGCGCCGAAGAAAGGCUCCAAGAAAGCCGUCACCAAGGCUCCUGGUAAACCCGGCAGGAGGCGAAAGAAGGGCAGGAAGGAGAGUUACGCCAUCUACGUGUACAAGGUACUCAAGCAGGUCCAUCCCGACACCGGGAUCUCCUCCAAGGCUAUGAGUAUCAUGAAUUCGUUCGUCAACGACAUCUUCGAGCGAAUCGCUUCCGAGGCUUCCCGCCUGGCUCACUACAACAAACGCUCAACCAUCACGUCCAGAGAGAUCCAGACCGCCGUGCGUCUUCUGCUUCCUGGUGAGCUGGCCAAGCACGCCGUGUCUGAGGGGACCAAGGCUGUUACCAAGUAUACCAGCUCCAACAGCACCAAGAAGAAGGCGGCGUCCAAGCCCAAACCGCCGGGACCCAGCGCCUCUGAACUCAUCCUCGAAGCUGUGGCCGCGUCCAAAGAGCGCAAUGGCGUCUCACUGGCCGCUCUCAAGAAAUACCUGGCUAGCAAAGGCUACGACGUAGAGAAGAACAAAGCUCGCCUCAAGACUCUCAUCAAAAGCAUGGUGGCUAAGGGGGUCCUUGUCCAGACCAAGGGCACCGGCGCCUCCGGCUCCUUUAAGAUGAACAAGAAGCCUGAUGCCAAGACUCCGAAAGCGAAAGCACCCGCUAAGGCGAAGCAGACUUCCGCCAAACCUAAGAAAGCUGCUGCUGCUGCUGCUAAGAAGCCCGCAGGGAGCAAGAAGCCCAAAACUACCGCGGCCAAGGCCACCGUCAAGAAAGCUUCCAAGAAGUCCGUGUCGUCAAAGAAAACUAAGAAGCCGGUCAAAAGCACCAAGAAGGUGGGGACCCCCAAAAAAGCCGCCCCCGCGGCUAAGAAGCCGGUCGCCGCCAAGAAGGCCACCGCCAAGAAGGCUUCCAAGCCCAAAACGCAACACGUGAAGAACAUGGCAAGAACCAAACAGACUGCUCGCAAAUCCACCGGCGGCAAAGCCCCCAGGAAGCAGCUGGCCACAAAGGCAGCCCGAAAAAGCGCGCCGGCCACCGGUGGCGUCAAGAAGCCUCAUCGCUAUCGACCUGGGACUGUGGCUCUCCGCGAGAUCCGCCGCUACCAGAAGUCGACUGAGCUUCUGAUUCGUAAGCUGCCAUUCCAGCGCCUGGUUAGGGAGAUUGCUCAGGACUUCAAGACCGACCUGCGCUUCCAGAGUUCGGCGGUCAUGGCUCUGCAAGAGUCUAGCGAGGCCUACCUGGUGGGUCUGUUUGAGGACACUAAUCUCUGCGCUAUCCAUGCUAAGCGGAUGUCAGGUCGUGGAAAGGGAGGAAAAGGACUGGGGAAAGGAGGAGCCAAGCGUCAUCGCAAAGUUCUCCGUGAUAACAUCCAAGGUAUUACAAAACCCGCUAUCCGUCGCCUUGCUCGUCGCGGAGGAGUCAAGCGAAUUUCGGGCCUGAUCUACGAGGAGACACGUGGCGUGCUGAAGGUCUUCUUGGAGAACGUCAUCCGCGAUGCUGUCACCUACACCGAGCACGCUAAGAGGAAGACGGUCACCGCCAUGGACGUGGUGUAUGCUCUGAAGAGACAGGGACGUACUCUCUACGGCUUUGGCGGUUAAACUCAUCUGUCUGCCUUCCAUCGUACGACAAAAACGGUCCUUUUAAGGGCCACUCAA